GAAGACGCAGAUCACAUGACCCCUGUCAACAUCCAGCAUGGCUGACGCGGACAGCCAGAGAUGUGUGAGCGCCUUAUUGAACGGAAUCACGCAGAGACUUUAUUACGGUAAUACCGAAAUCACGGAGGAGUUUCUGAAGAAUGAGCUGUACGCGGAGAUGACGCAGGGCGAGUUCCGCGAGCUGCAUGACAAGAUGAGGUCGCUUCUGAAGUCCAUCGCUUCAGCAGACAUGGAUCAGGCACAGCUGGAAGCGUUCCUCACGGCGCAGACGCGUAAGCAGGGCAGCAGCGGCGUGACCCCGGAGCAGGCGGCUGCUCUGGCGCGCUUCUGGAAGGCCCACCGGACGUGGGUACGAGAGAGUCUGCUGGCUCAGAGUUGCUGGGAGCCCGGCCUCCGGGGCCUGAAGUGGAGGGUGGACCUGCACACAUCUGCCAGCAGGGGGCAGGUGUCCAACAGCCCCGUGGCCCUGGUGGAGCUAGAGCUCGGCCGCGCCGGAGAGAGCUCUGAGUUUGUGUGUUUGGAGUUUGAUGAGCAGAAGGUGAAUCUGGUGCUGAAGAAGAUGGCAGAACUUCAGGAGAGCAUCGACAGCGUGGUGCACCGCAGCUAGAGCUCAUCUGCCUCUUCAUAGGUGUGUGUGUGAGAGAGAGAGAGAAAGUGAGGGAAUGUGCUUGUUUUAUAUGCUGUAUUGUCAUAAAGUUAUAUUCAUCAUAAAUAAUCAUUGUCAAACCUCAAACUUGGAUAUCUGUGAGUCUAUUACUUUUUUAAAUUCAUGAUUAUUUCCUCAUACAGGAUUUCAGGUUCUGUAUUCUGUGUUAGGCUGAUGAAACACUGGGCAACUUUUUGAGCAAUUUUGCUGGGCAACUUUGGGAAAUGUUUCCAUCAACGGGCAACCAGGAGAGACAAAGAGCCCACGACUGAUCUAAAUUAUCCAAAUAGAAAUUUGUUAACCAUUCUCAAUGGGAAAGUGCCCAAGCAACGUUGCUCAAAAAAAGUUGCCUGGCAAAAUUGCUCAAAAAGUUGCCCCGUGUAUCAUCAGCCUUAGUUUUAUAGUUUAUAGUUCAUAGUUUAUUUAUAUUCCUGAAGUACUAACGUUUGAGUAUUAAAGGAAUAGUUCACCCAAAAAUGAAAAUUUGCUGUAAAUCUACUCACCC